GUAAACUGUAGUGAAUGUCGUGAAGGACGCUCGGUUUCCCGUCACAAGAGUCCGCUUACGUUUGAUGGCGUUUGUUAAACUUAAACAAAGACGGAGGCUCUGAAGAUUUGUGCUUUCUUAGUUUUGUGUUCAAAUUUGAAAAUAUUAGGUUUAUACCCCAGUCAAUGACUCCUGUUGUCAUGGAAACAGAUGAACAGGCUCGGAACCGAUUCCAGUCCGAACUGGAGUUUGUCCAGUGUCUGGCCAACCCGAACUACCUGAACUUUCUGGCUCAGAGGGGUUACCUGAGGGAGAGACCUUUCAUCAACUACCUGAAGUACCUGCUCUACUGGAAGGAACCUGAAUAUGCCAAGUUCCUCAAGUAUCCUCACUGCCUCCACAUGCUAGAGCUGCUGCAGUAUGAACAUUUCAGGAAGGAGCUGGUUAACGCUCAGUGUGCCAAGUUCAUCGAUGAGCAGCAGCUUCUGCACUGGCAGCAUUACUCCCGUAAACGGACGCGGCUGCAGCAGGCGCUCGCCGAGCAGCAACAGCCUCCUCAACAACCGCCUCUACACGGGAACACCACUGCCAAGUGAUGAAGAGAUCCUGCUUCCUGCUGUAAAUAAACUCUUCCACUGAGGUGUUUCUCCUCAGGAGUUACAUUCAGGACUAAAGCAAAAAUCCAAACGUAUCAAAAAUUUAGAUGGUCCACGUUUGUUCUGACUAAUUCACAGAAGCAGUAUAUAUUUAUUUCUGUCUGGUGACAUUACAGCUCUUCUUUUUAAAUAAAUCAUUUAAAAUAA